AAAGCCAGAUACAUACAGUCUAUUCUCUCUCUCCCUCUCUCUCCACCACCACCCCCUAGCUCCCAAAAGAAAAACACCACACACUCAGAAACCCCACUCCCAGCUCGCCGGAAUCUCAUGAAACCCUAAAUAUUAACUCCAAGUGCUUUUCAAGCUCUCCAAUUUUCUAUUCUUCUGGUGUUGCUUCUGCUUUAUAGAGUUCUUCCCAUAAGCUGAUUGAGAAGGAGGGAGAGAUUAUUCUUAUAUAGAGAGACAAAUGUACGUGGUUCCGCCACCUCAGCGGUCCGAUCCAGGAUUGGUUGGCGGCGGGUCUGGCGAUUUACGGGUCUAUCAAACUUGGAAAGGCAGUAAUAAAUUUUUUCUUCAUGGGAGAUUUAUAUUUGGACCAGAUGCAAGAUCCCUGGCAUUGACUAUGUUCCUGAUUGUUGCUCCAGUUACAGUUUUCUGCAUCUUUGUUGCUAGAAAAUUGAUGGAUGAUUCUUCUGGUCACUUGGAAAUAUCAAUAAUGGUUGUUGCUAUUGUAUUCACUGUAUAUGAUUUAGUUCUUCUCCUGCUAACCUCUGGAAGAGAUCCAGGCAUAAUUCCCCGCAAUGCGCAUCCUCCAGAACCAGAAGGCUUUGAUGGAUCCGCAGAUGUUGGUGCUGGCCAAACUCCACCGUUGCGUUUGCCACGUAUUAAGGAGGUAGAGGUCAAUGGAGCGGUUGUGAAGAUUAAGUAUUGUGAUACUUGCAUGCUUUACAGGCCGCCUCGCUGUUCACACUGUUCAAUAUGCAACAACUGUGUAGAAAGAUUUGACCAUCACUGCCCUUGGGUUGGGCAAUGUAUUGGGUUGAGAAAUUAUCGAUUCUUCUUCAUGUUUGUCUUCUCAACAACCCUUCUUUGUAUAUAUGUUUUUGCAUUCUGCUGGGUCUACAUUAGGAAGAUCAUGGUGUCGGAGCACACAUCAAUUUGGAAAGCAAUGAUCAGAACUCCUGCCUCCAUUGUUCUAAUAGUUUACACUUUCAUAUCAAUGUGGUUUGUUGGUGGCCUUACUGCCUUCCAUUUAUAUCUAAUUAGUUCCAAUCAGACUACUUAUGAGAAUUUUAGAUACCGAUAUGAUUGGAGAGCAAAUCCCUAUAAUAAUGGUGUGGGAGAGAACUUUAAAGAAAUCUUUUGCUCCAGUAUUCCUCAGUCAAAGAAUGAUUUCAGGGCAAAGGUGCCCAGAGAAUCUGCAUUACCAACUCGACCAGUUGGUGGAGGUUUCAUGAGUCCUAAUAUGGGGAAAGCAGUGGAUGACAUAGAAAUGGGCAGGAAAACGGUGUGGGGAGAUAUGAGUGCUAUGGCAGAUCAUGGUGAAGGGCAACUUGCAAACAAUGAUCGCAUGAACAUAAAGGAUGGUGAAUUAAGUGAAGUAUCCCGAGAUGUCAGGAGUGCAGUGGAGGAAGGGGACCGUGGUGGAAUACAUCCAAGAAGAGCUAGCUGGGGAAGAGAAAGCAGAAGCUGGGGCAUGUCACCAGAAGUUCUUGCUUUGGCUGCCAGAGUCGGAGAACCAAACCAUGUGGGUGGGAGUAGCUGUGGUAACUUGACAACUGAUGACCGAGUUUCAUAGCCAGAAGUUUCUCUUACAACCGACCCAGGAGAAGGGUCAGGAUUUGACCUGUUGGGUACAAGGUGGGACCAUUUGAGCCAUGCUUAACCAUUUAGCAUCCAGACUAUGUUAUGUGCAAUAUGGGGUGACCUUCGGAUGUUUGGAAGCAUUGGUUUGGCCAUUGUUCUUGUAGGGGGCGUGAUGAAAUGGUUUGACUGCUUUAUGAGUGAGAGUGCUUCGUUUUUAUUUUCUUUUCUUUUUUCAAGGUUUUUCUUUUUAUUUUGUAUUUGUGGAAUUAGUUAGCAUCUGAUUCUAUUUUAUUUCACUUGUGUAAUCAGUCACUAUUGUUUUGGCUCUUUCUUUCUCUGUGACCCUCUCUCAAGUAGGGGGAGGGAAAGUUUGACUGCCACGGUGCCACUCUUCUGACUCCGAAUUAAGUUGCAUUUGGAUUGGUGGAUUAAGGGGAUUAAUGAACGGGGCAUACAAACCUAAAUUGGGCAUGCCAUCAUUUAUUUGCA